GCAGACCUGCACAGAUUAGAGUGACAAGAUUGUUCAAAAAAAAUUAAAACAAGAGUAAUGUUAGAGUCGGAAAUAAAAAAUUCACAAAAUUUACAAACUUGCCAAAUAUGUAAAGUAAUGGAUUCAAUAAUAGUCUCAAAUAAUUAAAAAAUUAAAAAAAUACACAAAUAUUCCAUUUAUGUAUUUUGUGAGCGUUUGUUUGUGACUCAAAUUCAUGAGUAAUGUUAUAGUUAAUGACACGUGUCCACGUCGAAGGGAUAUUUCUUCAUCCAGCCAUGACACGAUUAGCGCCGCCAUGUUCCGGAGGCUCAAUCGGCGCUGUCCGCCGGAUGUGUGGCCUUCUCCUAGAUAAUUUAUCAAUUCCCAUCAGGCUAUGCUGUUGCCAGAGUGAGCAUUCCUACAUCAACAAGCCUAUGAAGUACUGGGAUGACUUCUACAAGCGCCACCAAAACAAGUUUUUCAAGGACAGACAUUACUAGGAGAAGGAUUGGGGGAGCCAUUUUUCUAGUGAAUAUGGGGAUGGUGAAGGAAAGGCCGUUUUAUAGGUUAUUCCUUUGCGUCAGUUUUUUUUACUUCUUCUUAAACACCUCACAACAUUGAAUUGGAAAAGUAUUGUACAAUUACAUGUAGGCUGUGGAGCUGGAAAUUCAAUCUUUCCACUUGUUUCUUCAUUUCCCAGGAUCUUUGUUCAUGCUUGUGAUUUUUCAGCCCAAGAAGUAACACUCGUUAAGGUUGUUUGGACUACUUCCAAACAGUCACAUUCUUUUUCAAGAUUAUGCAUGUGGAGAUUUUUCUCAAGUAUGAAAUGAUGUCAUAUCUGCAUCAAAACAUCAACGUCGCACAACUUUUGCUGAUGUUUAACAAGAUCCCUUUGUUCUAUUUCUUGCAAAAAAUAAAAUAACUCUUAUUUCUACUCUUUUUCCCUUCAAAUUUUUAGGUGAAGUUGCACAAAAGAAACCAGAUGAUUAGUGAUAAUUUUUAUUUUCGAGAUUGAACUGUAAGUUCCCCAAUAUGUAAACUCUGGAGAUUAUUUAUAUUGAUACCAAGAAUACUUGUCAACGUUAUUUGUAAGCGCUGGAUUUGAUGUUGUAGAUAUGAACACAUACUCUAUGGAAAUAGUGAAUCGUUAUCAGAAUAUUACCAUGCCCAGGCGGUGGCUACGAGCUUCUUUCAGGAAGUUGUAAAUUUUGGAUGCUUCUUCCCCUCCACCUUUCUGUUAAUGGGCCAUUUAAGUUGAAGAGUCAGUUAUUACUAUGCAUCAGACGCUACUGCCUACAGACUAAUAUUGUUCAUGAGGUAAGAUAAUCCAAGAUUAAAGGGAAUGAAUGAAAGAUAAUUCU